AAAAAGCCUCAUGGCACCAUCUGGAAGAAAACAUGCAGGGAAAGCUGGUAAACCAAUACAGGAAGAUCAAGCCUUAUGUGCCUAUGACUUUCAGGAAGAGGAAAAGAAAAACUUGAGUGGAUCAGAAGAAGAUAUUAGGGAAGGUGACACUCCAGCAAUUGAUAAACAUGGGAAAAAAAGACCUUCAGUGACUCCUCAUGCGGUAGUUGAAGAAGAUGUGGGGGGUGAAGUACAGACUAUGUUGGAACGAUUUGGAGCUGACAUUAACAAGGCUCUCUUGGCUAAGAGGAAAAGAUUAGAAAUGUAUACUAAGGCUUCUCUUAAAACCAGUAACCAGAAAAUUGAACAUGUUUGGAAAACACAGCAAGAACAGAGGCAGAAGCUCAACCAGGAGUAUUCCCAGCAGUUCCUGACUUUAUUUCAACAAUGGGAUAUGGACGUGCAGAAAGCAGAGGAACAGGAAGAAAAACUAGCGAAUAUGUUUCGCCAGCAACAGAAGGUUUUUCAACAAGCAAGAAUAGUUCAGAGUCAGAGACUGAAAACAAUUAAACAGCUGUAUGAGCAGUUCUUAAAGAGUAUGGAAGAACUGGAGAAAAAUCAUGAAAACCUUCUAGCAGGUGCCCAAAACGAACUUCGCAAGGAAAUGGCUAUGUUGCAAAAGAAAAUCAUGAUGGACACUCAACAGCAAGAGAUGGCAACUGUUCGCAAGUCUCUUCAGUCCAUGUUAUUCUGAUGGCUCAGUGAAGAAACAACUUGCACCUAAGUAACAUGACACAAUUAUAGCCAUUAGCCAUGGAAAAAUAAGUCUGUUCCUUUAAAAUUCCAAUUUAAGCGUUCCUAUUAAUCAAACUGUUACAUGUAUUGUUUCCAUAAUGUUACUAGUGAACUUGAUAGUCAUAUUUUUCAUGUUCUUAAUGGAAGAGAUUGCAAACUGGAUUCUUUCCUCAGAAACUAUUAAUAUGUCUGCCUGAAUCCUCCUUAACCUCGUUGCAGUGAGAGUUGCUUUUCUAACACUAAGGCAGUAUU